CUCAUCUGCCACACUUCCUCAGCUCCAUUACUCUGCCCUGCAAUAACACUACCGGCAACAAAUCCAUCCGGUCCAGACAAGAAUCUUCGCUGGUUUAGAAAUAUCGAGCCUAUAUAUCGUAUUCGUCGGUGGGAAGUGUAUAAUAAACCCCGCAACAUCGAAGCCGUCCUCAGCGCGCCCUUCCUUCGGAUUGCCAAGUCCCGAUCCAAUACGAUGAAGAUGCCUUGGACGCAUUCAGUCCUGCCCAUACUUCUGAUAGCUUUUGUCCUGCAGAAGGGAGCAACACUAACGGAAGGAGCCGAUGGUGACGGGUUCGUUACGACCAGCGGGGUUCAUUUCAUGCUGAAUGGGAGCCCGUUCUAUGCGAACGGGUUCAAUGCCUACUGGUUGAUGCUCUUCGGCUCCGACCCGUCUCAGCGAUCCAAAGUCCCCUCCGCGUUUCAGGAAGCAACCUCCCAUGGCCUCACUAUGGCCCGCACUUGGGCCUUCAGCGACGGCGGUAAUUACUCCCCGCUUCAGUACUCCCCUGGCUCCUACAACGAGAAGAUGUUCCAGGGAUUGGAUUUUGUGGUGUCGGAAGCAAGAAAGUCCGGAAUAAAGCUUGUGCUCAGUUUCGUGAACAACUACGAGACUCUGGGAGGGAAGAAGCAGUAUGUGGAGUGGGCCAGAAGCCAGGGGCAGUCCAUUUCGUCCGAGGACGAUUUCUUCACCAAUCCUUUGGUCAAGACUUUCUACAAAAAUCAUAUCAAGACCGUGCUUACUAGGAGGAACACGGUGACGGGAAUUGCUUACAAGGAUGAUCCCACCAUUAUGGCUUGGGAGCUGAUGAAUGAGGUCAGAUGCCCUUCAGACCAAUCUGGGAAGACCGUCCAGGCUUGGAUCACGGAGAUGGCUAGUUACGUGAAGUCAAUCGAUGGGAACCACAUGCUAGAGGCCGGGCUGGAAGGUUUUUACGGGCAAUCAUCAGCUCAGAAGCAGCAAAAUAAUCCUUACUUCCUUGUGGGAACCGACUUCAUCCAGAACAAUCAGAUCCCGGGGAUCGAUUUUGCCACUGUCCACUCGUAUCCCGAUCAGUGGCUAAAUGCAUCAGACUACGAGAACCAGCUCUCAUUCCUGAACAACUGGGUGACCACUCACAUCCACGACGCCCAGAACAUUCUCCGAAAGCCGCUCCUCUUCGCAGAGUUCGGGAAGUCAUCGAAGGAGUCAGGUUACAGUCCUUCUCAAAGAGACCAGUUCUUCGAGACAGUCUACUCGGCGAUCUAUUCAUCGGCCAGCAGCGGCGGGGCUGCAGCAGGGAGCAUGUUCUGGCAGCUCCUGACCGAAGGGAUGGAUUCCUACAGGGACGGGUAUGAAGUUGUCCUGAGUGAGAGCCCCUCGACGGCGAACUUGAUCAUGGCGCAGUCGAAGCAGCUGAGGAGGAUAACGAAGAUGUACGCGAGGCUGAGGAAUGUCGAGAUUUGGAGGAGAGUUAAUGAAAAUGGAGGGAAGAUAUAGGAAUUAUAUAGUGAAUCGAAGAGCGCAUUUGACAUGAGACAGCAAUCAUCAGCAGCUUAUUGAAGCACGACUUAAAUAUAUAUAUAUAUAUAUAGAUCCACUGUAAUGGAUUAGCUACCUUACCUUAACAACUAUAAAGUCUUAAUUAAUCGUUAUUUAUACUACACUGUGAAGAAGAACUAGUAUAAGCAAAACUUCGAUCCACAACUCAC